UCCGAACGAGUUGGAUUGUCGUUUGAUUUGGUUGUUAAACAUGUCAUUUUUACGCAGUGUUGCUGGUAUUAUAUUAGUGGCGAAGCCUCUGACCAGUAUAGGUACAGCUCAAACGCAACGUAAUAUAAAACGGUGGGUUGCACCGACGUUACGUGAGCUGAGACAUCGCGCAAAAAAGCAGGGACCACAGAAGCCGGAAUCUCGCUCCGGAUACGUGGAAUGGAACUAUCGUUCGGAGUUGUUCGCUUUUGGAAAGCGUUUGCAAGAGAGCUUCCAACUACCAGUGCUACAGGCGGCAUUCACACAACCCUCUUAUGUACAUCAGGAACGGGAGCGCCAGCGCAAACUGGGUAUUGAGGAGGUAGAUCUACAAGCGACCGAUAAUACAGAACUAGCGGCCAAGGGUGCACAUAUAGCUAAAGCCUACGUGGAAGCAUAUUUGCAACACAGUCUGCCCAAAAUGCCAUCUGCUGGACAACAAGCGAUUGCAGCUUAUUUACUCAGCGAUAACACCCUGGCAUAUGUUGCCUUGCAUUUAGGAACUAAAGAACUUAUAUUUUCAGCGGAAUAUCCGCCCACUACAGAGACGUUGGCACAAACGUUGCAGGCAGUCAUUGGCGCACUCUCUGAUUCCAGCGGUGUGGAGCGAGCCUUCAUAUUUGUACGAGACUUUGUUUGCACUCAGCUUAAUCAAAAGGAUUUGUUAGAUUUGUGGAAGCCGUCGGAGCCAAUUAAGUUGCUUACAGAGGUAUGUCAGCAGCGAAAUUUGGGCGAUGUAGAACCUCGACUGCUUGGCGACUGUGGGAAGAACACUGUCUUGGCUGCGUAUCAUGUUGGAAUCUAUGCGAAUCGUCAACUUUUGGGCAAAGGAUUCGGCGAGGAUGUAAAUACAGCAACAGAAACUGCCGCCCUAGAUGCACUACAGACGCUCUUCGACAUGCACGACAACCGACAACCCUUCAAUUUCCAACUGCAGGUGGAACCGAAAAAUGUGAGACUAGCCUAAUUAGCCUUUACGCGUUUGUCCGCUAGUUAUUUUUAAUUUGCACUAAACACAUGUACUUCUUGAAUAGUCAAAAUAAAUUGUUUUGUAAAAUCGUUAACUACGAAA